UGUCCUCCCUCGGCUCCGCAGCCUGACACUCCAUGGGAACCCCAUAGAGGAAGAGAAGGGGUAUAGGGCCCAGGUAGGGACCAUGUCCCCGGCCAUCGCGCUGGCCUUCCUGCCACUGGUGGUGACAUUGCUGGUGAGGUACCGGCACUACUUCCGACUACUGGUACGCACGGUCUUACUCCGGAGCCUCCGAGACUGCCUGUCAGGGAUGCGGAUUGAGGAGCGGGCCUUCAGCUAUGUGCUCACCCACGCCCUGCCUGGGGACCCUGGUCAUAUCCUCACCACCCUGGACCACUGGAGCAGCCACUGCGAGUACCUGAGCCACAUGGGGCCUGUCAAAGGUCAGAUCCUGAUGCGGCUGGUGGAGGAGAAGGCCCCUGCUUGUGCACUGGAGCUGGGCACCUACUGCGGGUACUCCACACUGCUUAUUGCCCGUGCCCUGCCCCCUGGGGGUCGCCUUCUCACUGUGGAGCAGGAUCCACGCACAGCAGCAGUGGCUGAAAAACUCAUCCGCCUGGCUGGCUUCGACGAGCGCACGGUGGAGCUCAUCGUGGGUAGAUCAGAGGAGGUGAUCCCGCGCCUAAGAACCCAGUACCAGAUGAAUCGGGCUGACCUGGUGCUCCUGGCACACAGGCCCCGAUGUUACUUGCGGGACCUGCAACUGCUGGAGGCCCAUGCCCUGCUGCCAGCUGGUGCCACAGUGUUAGCUGACCACGUGCUCUUCCCUGGUGCACCCCGCUUCCUGCAGUACGCCAAGAGCUGUGGCCGCUACCGCUGCCGCCUCCACCACACUGGCCUCCCUGACUUCCCUGCCAUCAAGGACGGCAUAGCCCAGCUCACCUACACAGGGCCUGGCUGAGGUCCAGGCCCAGGGGUAGUUACUGCUGCCUCCCCCCAUCCCCCAACCAAGCAAGGACCUCAGAAUAUCCCCUCCCCUCCCUGCUUGCGGACUGACACAUACUGGGCUCAGGGCUAGGGAGGCUCUCCUCCCACCUCUGUCUCACUCUGGCUCCACACUAACCUGAGGCCUCAAGUUCUGUCAGGCUAUUUGAUCCCACUGGUCCCCCUCCUUCCAGUCCAGAGUCAUGGACUGACAGGCAAGAGACUUCAGCUCACAACACAGCCCUGUCACUGAUUUGCUGGGUUACUCCAUGGGAGUCCCUGCCCUGCUCUGAGAUUUAAUCUGUUCUAACACCAAGGAAGUUGACUAGGAGAGCUCCAGGGGCCUCCCAGUUCUGGCGCUCAGAAAGCCUGCCUCCCA